CCUUCGGUCAGUAACCCCUCGAUUUUGACCCCAUACCUUUUUUUUGCAGGUGUCCCAGUGAAAAUGAUGAACGUCAGAGGCCUUGCAGACCUGAAGAAGAAAAAACCCUCCAAGGGCCCGAGGGGGACGGACGCCGGUGUCCCAAAACCCGCCGGUGACUUCUUCAAAAAACCGGAGGGGCCGUCGGUGGGCCCAAGUGCUGAUGCUGCCGCUGCCGCCAAAAGGAAGGGCUCGGGCAGAGAUCCCGAGGGCAAGAAGCCCAAGACCGGGGAUGCCGGGAAGAAAGUCCCCCCGGUGAUCAUUGUUGAUGAAGGCCCUGCCUCCGGGGCGAAUGAGGACAUGCAGGUGGCGAAAGUGCCGCCGGGAGUUCAGCCUUCCGAGGUCCUCAUGGUUUCCCUCCCGAGGUCCAUCAGUAAAAAAAAUUGAAGCGAGGGGGGUUCAAACCUUGGCAGUUUUCACACGCAUUCAAACGGUGAACCACCUCAACCAUUUGGUUAAUGUUAAUAUUCUUUCAAUUUGCAGUUUUAUAUCAUACAAUUAUUGAUAUAAC